UUUUGUAUUAUUCUAUUCCAUUCGAUCCGAAUGCUUAUCUCGACGACCAGCGUUGAAUUUCACUCGAACUUGCAGUUUACACACAAACUCUGCUUUUCCAUUGAAACAGAACAAACAGUCCGUACGUUCAAUCUCUGACCGAUAAAGAGGAACCAAAGAAAUGCAGUUUUUGAAGCUCAUCAGCUCGAGCCCUGCCUGUUCUCUCAGAAAAUCAUUAUAUAACAAGAAGUGGGUUUCACCAUUUACACAAGGGACUUCUUUGUCCGCAGGGGAUGUGGAAGUGAGGGAACUUGUUGAAUACAUAGAUUCGCUCAAGAACUAUGAAAAAUCAGGAGUGCCAAAAGAUGCAGGUACGGAUUCGGAUGACGGGUUUGAUCUUGGUCGGAUGAGAAGGUUGAUGGGUCGUCUAGGGAAUCCUGAUUCGAGGUUCAAGGCUAUUCACAUUGCUGGGACGAAGGGGAAAGGAUCUACUGCAGCAUUUCUUGUGAACAUCUUAAAUGCAGAAGGAUAUGUUGUGGGUUGUUAUACUAGCCCACAUAUUCUGUCAAUCAGAGAACGCAUUUUGGUGGGAAAUCCAGCCAAGCCUGUGCCAGCAGAGAAACUAAAUUGCCUAUUCCAUCAGAUAAAAGACAUUCUUGAUGAGUCAAUAGUACUUGAAAAUGGUUGCCUGAGUCAUUUUGAGGUUCUUACUGCUGUGGCAUUCACGCUCUUUGCCCAAGAGAAUGUUGAUAUGGCAGUUAUCGAGGCUGGACUGGGGGGUGCUCGAGAUGCUACAAAUGUUAUUUCUAGUUCUGGACUCCUUGCAUCAGUCAUAACAACAAUAGGCGAGGAACAUAUGGAUGCUCUUGGAGGUUCUUUGGAAAGCAUAGCAAUGGCGAAAUCUGGGAUCGUUAAGCACGGCUGUCCAUUGGUGCUGGGGGGACCAGUUGUUCCACAAAUUGAGCGCAUUCUUCGUGAUAAAGCUUCAGUAAUGAAUUCGCCAGUGGUCUUAGCAUCUGGUGCCGGGAACAGAAGUGUUAUAGAAAGCAUUUGCUUUCUCGAUGGUAGGCCUUGUCAGCGUUGUGACGUUGUCUUAGAAGUUGAGAGGGACUUGCAGCUGUCUACUAAUUUGUUGAAUGUAAGGAUGUCCAUGCUUGGGGCCCACCAGCUUCAGAAUGCAGUAACGGCCACAUGUGCUGCACUCUGCCUUCGUGACAUGGGAUGGACAAUCUCUGACCAAUCCAUAAGAGCUGGAUUGGAGCGUACCCAUUUGCUUGGAAGAAGCCAAUUUCUUACGUUUACAGAGGCCAAGGCACUGGGACUACCUGGAGCAGCAGUACUGCUGGAUGGAGCGCACACCAAAGAAUCUGCUAGAGCUUUGGUCGAGACUACCAAAAUGACCUUUCCUGAUGCGCCAUUGGCUCUUGUUGUCGCGAUGGCUAGGGACAAAGACCAUGCGGCCUUUGCAAAAGAGUUCCUUUCAGGUGCAAGAUUAGAAGUUGUCGUCUUGACAGAGGUUGAUAUUGCCGGGGGCAAUGCUCGUACGACUCCCUCGACUUUGUUACGAGAUUGCUGGAUUCAAGAAUCUGAAAGAAUGGGCAUUGCGGUUCUUCACGAUAAAAUGCCUGAAUAUCAAGAAUCAUUUGGGGAUGGAUCGGAGUGUUCUUUAAUUGGGAUGGAAGAUAGAGUCAUAUUAACUGCUGCUAACAGUUCGUUGGCUGAUUCUCUGCAUGCUGCAAACAGAAUCCUGAAGAGAAAAGCCAGAAAGGGACCGGCUCUUCUUGUUGUUACUGGAUCUCUACACAUGGUUACAUCGGUGUUGCUUUCUCUUGGUGGUUGAGUCGUUCUUUUUAUGAGCUUUUUAUUUGUUGUCUAUGUGUAUCACUAAUUGAAUACAUGUUGCCAUUGGAAGUUGAUUAAUUUUAUUGCAUCUUGGUCUGAGAGAGUA